CUUGGUCAUUAGUUGUUUUCUCAGCCAGUCUCACAUAAGAAAGAGGGAAGAAGUGUUUCUCUUCAGCCUCUUUUGAAAUUGGAGCCACCAGAAAACGAUGGGACAAAAAACAAAAACAAAAACCCUGAUAAAUUCUUCUUUCAUUUUUGAACAUUUGAUGAUGGAGAUCUUCAUUCCACUUCUUGCCUUCUAAUGCUGUCAGUGCACCUUUACCUCCGGGCCAACUUCUCCUGGUAGGUCUGCUACAUCAGACACUGGAGGCAGUUUGAAGAGAAAUAUGCUUUUAAAAAUUACUCUGCAAGUCAAAAUUGGCAGUAUACUUAGAUCCAACUUUAAAGGGUAAGUGAAGGAGACGGAAAAAGAGAGUGGAGAUUAUGAGUCCUUCGCAGAUGAGGAGCAGAGGGGGAACUGUUUCAGUGUGAAAGUACCACACAACAGGUGCUGCUUUCUGAGCCUGGAUUCAAGAUAAACCUGAUCGUGACGUCUUUGACGUCACCAGAGGAACAUUGAUUCGGUGUAGACUCUCAAGAUUUCUGGACUGCCAGGAUGGCUAAGAGGCUCAUGUGUGCCUUGUGAGACAUCCUUUGUGCUGAUGUUUUGCUAAAGUGAAUUGGGGUCAAAGUGUGAACGUCGUCUCUUGACCCUCUCUGAACUGAGAGAAAACUCUUUGGCUGAGAUAAAAGGAUGGUCAUGAAUGGUUUAUUUCUCAGCCGGGGGCUGGCGGUGCUACUGCUGCUUGGUGCUUUCUCGGACAUCAUCAGCGAAGCCGGUGUUGGCAGCGCAGAGCGAGGAGCAGCUGGAAGAAGCCAGAGAAGAGGAGGAGGAGGUAGCAGCAGUGGCGGAGGUGCAGACAAAAGAAAAAAUGUCCACCGCGUCCAACAUGGCCAGUGCAGCUAUACCUUCAUCCUUCCAGAGAUGGACGGAUGCCGAAGUGGAGGACUCUCAUCACAGGUAGAACAUUAUGGCGCUCCUCGGAGUGAGGCGAUCGUUGUGCAGAGGGACUCACCACCUGUGGACAGGGAGUGGUCAGCUCACAAACUGCAACAGCUGGAGAGCACAAUGGAGAACAACACACAGUGGCUACAGAAGCUGGAGAACGUCGUUCAGAAGAGCAUGAGACCUGACGUGACUCGCAUGCAGUCCCACGCUGUUCACAACCAGACAGCUGCCAUGCUGGAAAUUGGAACAAGCCUCCUCAUGCACACGGCAGAGCAGACACGCAAACUCAAUGUGGUCGAAGCCAAGGUGCUGAACCACACGUCUCGGAUAGAGAUCCAGCUUCUGGAGAAUUCUCUGUCCACGAACAAACUGGAGAAAGAACUGUUACUGCAGACGUCUGAGAUCAGCCGGCUGCAAGCCAUGAACAGUCGUUUGGAGAGUAAAGUUCAGAUGUUGGAGUCUCAGCAAAGAGGAGAGCUGCAGAACAUGAGGGAGGAGAAGAACCGGCUGCAGUCUGUCAUCAGGACUCAGAUGUCAGCCAUCGAGUCUUUGGAGAGACAGCUGAGAGUCGCCAGCAGUAACAACACGGCUCUGCAGCGGCAGCAGGCUCACCUGAUGGAAUCCGUUCAAACCCUCAUCAACGUGGUGGCGAGCGCUGCAGGGUCUUCUCAUAGACGUCAGAAGUGGAAGGACUGUGCUGAUGCUUACAAAGCUGGACAGUCUGUCAGCGACCUGUAUUACAUCUACAUCGGCAACAGGACGGAGCCCGUGCAGGUUUACUGUGACAUGGAAACAGAUGGUGGAGGCUGGACGGUUUUCCAGCGGCGCUCUAAUGGCUCUGUGGAUUUCCAGAGGAGCUGGAGGGAAUACAAAAUGGGUUUCGGGGACGUGUUCGGAGAGCACUGGUUGGGUAAUGAAGUUUUAUACCUUCUGACCAAUCAGGUUCAGUACUCUUUAAGGGUGGACCUUACAGAUUGGGAUGGAAACUCAGCCCAUUCCCUGUAUGACCGCUUUACACUGGCCAGUGAAAUACAGCAGUACAGACUUUAUCUGAGAGGUUACAGCGGUACAGCGGGGAAACAGAGCAGCUUGGCCACCCAUGGGACUGGUUUCAGCACCCGAGACAAGGACAACGAUAACUGUGACCACUGCAAAUGUGCCCUGAUGCUUACUGGAGGUUGGUGGUUUGAUGCCUGUGGUUUCUCCAACCUGAAUGGUAUCUAUUACACCGUUGGUCACAACAUCAGGAAGCUCAACGGCAUCAAAUGGCACCACUUCAGAGGCCCCAGCUACUCCCUGCGCUUAACCUCCAUGAUGGUUCGACCCUAUGACUUCUGAAAACGCCCCUCUACCUUGACCCUACAACUUCUAACAACAACCCUUCAGUCAUUGUCCAUGUAAUGUUUCUCAAUCAUGUGACUUUUAGCAACCGCCAACAGCUGUGUUGGCACAACUCUCCAGCUCCAAACAACACCCACCUGAUUUAUGGUCCUCUGAUUUUUGGACAUCCUCAUGUUAAGAUGGAACUCUGAUGGAAAACAAGAGAAGUUUCUCCUAUGCUGCUUAUCACAUUGAAAACAUUGCUGAUGUUCUAUUUUUAGUACACAUCAUUGUCAUUAAAAAUUAUACAAAUGGCCUUGCUUUUGCUGUGGGGUCCAAAAUGGUUGAAAAGCUUGAUGGCAUGUAUUGCUUUGCAAAAAUGGGUGUUACCAUGUUUAUACAUAUCACAGAGAGAUUUGGGCUCUUUGGAAUGUUGAGAGGGUCUCUCCAGAAUCAACAUGUAAAUCAUUUUCUGGUUUCAUUAAUUCUGCUGCCUAAGGCUAUGACUCCAUCUUGUGGUGGUUGGAUUUAAGUACAUAUGAGUGGCAAUGGGCUACUACAAUGCCAUAGUGUUGGUUCAAUAUAUGACAAACGGACAACAUUUUAGGAGCUAACUUUGUUUCUUGAAGCACAUAUUGGUAUGGCAGCUAUUUCAACAGAUUUAACAGCCUUAGUUCACCUGAUCCGCAAAUAUGGUUGAGGUGGUGAAGCCCUAUUCAUGUCUGAGAACUCUGCAGCAUCUCCUGAAUUUAAAAUGGUUCCACUCAUUGACUUUGAAGUCCAGUUUUUAAUGAUGGUGAUGUUCUGUAAGUUCGAGUUCCUCUGUUCUAUCCUGAAGGUGUGGUUGACUUAUAAUGCUCCUGCUCCAAAGAAUCAUAAAGUAGACACACCAACAUCUGGUGAUGACUAGGAAUAUUUAAACUCAUCUUCAUUUGGUUCCAUCCUUAGCAGCAGAUCAUCUUAUACAACCCCUGGCAAAAAUUAUGGAAUCACCGGCCUCGGAGGAUGUUCAUUCAGUUGUUUAAUUUUGUAGAAAAAAAGCAGAUCACAGACAUGACACAAAAC